UCCUGUGCUACUCCCGGACCCAGACACGGGCUGGCAGCCGCUCUCCGCUCCGCGCUGCCCGCGGACCCGCUCGCUCGCUGCCAGCGGGGCUGAGAUGCGGCUGCGGUCAGUGCGCCUGACCGGGGACUGACCGAGAGAGGGAGAGGGAGGGAGAGGGAGAGAGGGAGGGGGAGCGAGCGGGCAGCACAGGUGCAGGGAGCCCAGCACAGCGGACGGGGAGCGGGAGCAGCAUGGAAGCGCAACCCGGGGGCAGGAGGCAGCGCGGCCGGGUCCGGCUCCUCACCCUCGGGGUCCUGCUCAUCAGCAUCCAGCUCACCCAGGUAUUACCAGAUAAUGCUGAGGAUGGCUGGCGAGUGUUCAGCUCCGCACCGGACAGCGAGGGCAGGUGUAUCUGCACGGUGGUGGCUCCCCAGCAGACUCUGUGUUCACGUGAUGCCCGCACCAAGCAGCUGAGGCAGCUCCUAGAGAAGGUGCAGAACAUGACUCAAUCCAUUGAGGUCUUGGAUCGACGAACCCAGCGAGACCUCCAGUAUGUAGAGAAAAUGGAAACACAAAUGAGAGGCUUGGAAACAAAAUUCCGACAAGUGGAGGAGAAUCACAAAGCACAUCUCUCCAGACAGUUUCAGGCCCUAAAAUCGAAAAUGGAUGAACUCUUGCCUUUGAUCCCCGUGCUGGAACAGUAUAGAGCUGACGCCAAGUUGGUGUUGCAGUUUAAGGCGGAAGCAACGAAUCUCACGGCUGUACUGGCCGCACUUCAGGAGGAAAUCGGAGCGUACGACUAUGAAGAGCUCCUGGGCAGAGUCUCCAGUCUUGAGGACAGGCUUCGGGCCUGCAUGCAAAAAUUAGCCUGCGGCAAGCUGACAGGGAUCAGCAACCCGCUCACCGUCAAGACUUCAGGAUCGAGGUUUGGUGCCUGGAUGACUGACCCUGCUUCACCAGAGGGCGACACCAAGGUUUAUUAUAUGGAUGGUUACCAUAACAACCGCUUUGUGCGCGUUUAUAAGUCUUUGCAGGACUUCACAAGUACGGACAAUUUCACGGUGCACCGCCUGCCUCACCCUUGGUCUGGCACAGGCCAGGUGGUCUACAACCAGACCCUCUACUUCAACAAGUACCAGAGCCACAUCAUCAUCAAGUUCCACAUCCCCACUGAGCGCUUGCUCACCCAGCGGAGCCUGGACUACGCGGGCUACAACAACAUGUACCCUUACUCUUGGGGAGGCCACUCCGACAUCGACCUGAUGGUGGACGAGGGGGGGCUGUGGGCCGUCUACGCCACCAAUCAGAAUGCGGGGAACAUUGUCAUCAGCAAGCUGGACCUCGUGACCCUGGAGGUGCUGCGUAGCUGGAACACGGGAUACCCAAAGCGCAGUGCUGGAGAGGCCUUCAUGAUCUGCGGCACUCUCUACAUGACUAACUCCCACCUCGGUGGGGCCAAGGUCUACUACUCGUACAACACCAACACUUCCACCUACGAGUACACUGACAUCCAGUUCCACAACCAGUACUCCCACAUCUCCAUGCUGGAUUACAAUCCCAAGGACCGAGCCCUUUAUACCUGGAACAAUGGCCACCAGGUCUUGUAUAACGUCACACUGUUUCACAUCAUAAAGUCUGACGAAUUCUAAACUCACAUUCAUUUACACAGUGGUACAGUCAAUAUAGAGAUAUAUAGAUCUGUAGAUGUGUACAGGUAUAUAUAUAUUCUGUAGAAAUGACACUUAGCAUAAUUGAGUCUUAGCUUUGCUCUAGGCUAUUCCCUCCAUGCGAGGGAUUCUCUUGUUAAGCAUUGAAUUCUCUGAUUUCAAACACAACAGAACUGAAAUCAGAAUCAACCACGAAUGGCCACUUUCCCACCCAUCUUUCUCUUCAUCUGCCUCAUACCUUCCUUCAGUUUUCACUUUCCUCCCUUUCUCUGUUCCUGUACCAUUUCCCCACCCCUCCUCUCCCUCUCCUCCUCUUCCACUCUCUCUCCCUCUUGUAUUCCCCAUGCACUCAUCUCAUCCACUUCACUCAACCCUCCCUUCUACCCUCCCACUCCCCUUCCUCAACCCCUACCCAUCUGCUUCCCCCUCCUAAUCUCACUUCCAGACCCCAUCCCCUACCUUCCUCUCCACUUCACCAUCUCCUCCCCUUCAUUUCAUCUCUGUCCUCACCCACCCUCCCCCAUUCCACUUCCUCCCUCCCCUCACCUCCCCCUCCAUACUUUGCCUCAAACGUUGAGAGCAGCUGGACCCAUAUUGUUCCCACAAAGCCUGGGAUCUGUAGUGGGAAUCAGACCAGGAGCGGGCCCUGCGUAACCAUGGCAACAACCCCAGCUGAUCUGUCGGAGACAUUCUUGCCGUUGCCCAAUCUUCAAUCCUCUCGCAAACAUAAGGGGUGGGCAGGCAGGGUGAUUAAUUCCCAUGCAAUGACUCCCCUCACCCCCCAGGCUAGAUGCCUGGGAAAGGUGGUGAUUAAGACUGGUUGCAAUCACUAACUCACUGACCAAAGGAGCGGGAAGAAUCACUUGGACUCACUGGAUUUGCCCCUCAUUGUUACCUGCUGCAACCUUACUGAGCUGCCUCAUCGUCAUCACUGGGAGGAGUUUGCUGUUUAUUGUGAAGAGAUGUAAUUGUUGAAAACUGGUUUCUGCAUUAAGUGCGUCAUAUGGUGAAUUGUGUGUCACAGCUUGUCAGUGACACAUUGUUAUAACCCAUUUAACAAAUGUGUGUCAAUAUAACAAUGUGAGGUGCAUCAUAUUUAGAAGUCAUUAACUGGAGUACUUUUUCCAUCAUAGCACCUGGUAUUUUAAGAUUUGGUUCUGAAUUCAACCCAGGGCUGUUUGUAGAAGUUAAAUGUUUCAUAUUCAGCCUAUCAAUGAGGUUCUGAUGUCCAAACCAUAUCGUCACAUUAGUGAACUCUACAAUUAUCAGCUGCUAGAAUAUUGUUUAAUUCUUUUGCAAAACUGUGCAUAAGUGUGAAUGAGCAGUGAAAAUGUGAAUAAUGUCUGUCCAUGUGUAUUUGUGUAUAUAUAUCUUGGUUAUUUAUAUGUGCCCCAUUACUUUAUUUGUGAGUGUGCGUGCACGUGUGUGUGUGUGUGUGUGUGUGUGUGUGUGUGUGUGUGUGUGUGUGUGUGUGUGUGUGUGUGUGUGCACAUACAUCUGUGUCUUUGGGUGCUUGUGUGUGAAUUGGGGAGGCAACUGCAUAUCUUUAUCUAUGCCUGUGUCUGUGUCUGCGUGUGUGUGUGUGUGUGUGUGUGUGUGCAUGUGCACAUACUUGUGUGUGUGGGUGUGUGUCCAUCUUCACAUGACUGCAGUGUGAUUCUGUGUGUGUGUGCAUGCAUCUUCACAUGACUGCAGUGUGAUUCUGUGUGUGUGUGUGUGUGUGUGUGUGUGUGUGUGUGUGUGUGUCCAUCUGUUGUUGGGUGUGUGCGCAUGUGAGUUUAAAUUUUAUCUCCACAACUAUCAAUGAAUGCAGAGGUCAGCUUGUGCUGCUAUUGACUGUUGUUAAAAGGAAUGGUACGACUGUUAAACUCAACCUCUGUACUUCCCUCUUUCUAUUUUAUCAUUAAAAGGAGUCCAAUGAUGA